AUGAGUGUUGGGAGUGAUGAACCUGAAGUAGAGGUGACUUAUCUUGAGAAUGAAGUUUUGCAUGAGAAUGAGCAAGACAGAGAAAGACUGCGAACUAGACAAAGAGAGAGCUCCGACGAGGAGGAAACGUCACCACGGUCUAAAAGGAGAAGGACUGAUGAUACGAAUUAUGUAGAUGUUGAACAGGCUGAUAGGGCUUCAGUAUCACUGUCCUCGGACGAUGGCUUGGUAGAUGACCUUGAACGGGAUAUCCGGAGUUUCCUUGAAGAGGGAGAAGACAGACAAGAGGUUGAAGAAGAUCAAGGUGAGGAUUUGGUAUGUUUAAGUACGGACAGGGCUGGCGGGACCGGACCUACAGAAGAUGAUGAAGCGAAGUUACAGCAAGUUGUUGAAAUUCAAGACGAGGCCGACGAGACUGCAUCGUCUACAAGCGGCCCAAAUUUGUCCGCAGAGGUGAGACUGGAGCAUAAGAGGGCUAGUGACUAUGUUUGUCCUAUAUGUUUUGAUCCACCGGAUGUUGCAUUGAUGACGCCAUGUGGGCAUGUUUUCUGUGCAGUAUGCCUGUUCCAGAUGGUGAACAGUUCUCGUGGAUACAGGAGAAACGGACAGUGUGCAUUAUGUCGGAAGGACGUAAAGCUUAAGGAUGUGGGCCUAAUAAUUCUUAGAAAGAAGCGGGUACGAAAGGAUCGAUGA